UGUAAGACGACAAUACAUUUUUGUUGAUCUCCAUUAUCAUAGGUCAACCAGCAAACCAAAGCAAAUUAUAAUAUCAACCAAGCCAGAGAUAGCUAGUAUAUUAGCAACAUGAAGCAACCAAGUACACGUAGUAGUAAGGAUGACGGAGUGUGGUACUUUGGGUACGGUCCUUUAGUGCAUCCCAUGGUACGGCAUCGACGAGGCGUGCAAGUGGUGGACGAGCAGGCAGCGAUUCUUCCCAAUCAUCGACUGACAUUUGCGUAUGGCGGAGUCGCCAGUGUGGUGGAGCAGCGUGGCUACGAGAUUCAUGGGAUUGUCAUGAAAUGCCAGACGCAUGCCGACUGGGAAAAGCUACAACAAUCCGAAGGAGGCUACUAUGCCAGAGAUGUCACCGUAUACCCCUACUCGGAUGUUCCUUCCGAAGAAGAUCUACCCGUCUUUUGCGACUCUCCGGAACAAGACGAUCCACAACAACAACAGCAUGAUGCCAUUCGCGCCAAGGUUUUUGUCAUGACAGAAGUCGAUGAAGCCAAACUAGAUGAACCUCUGGAACGGCUCCCACAAGAACGAUAUCUGCGUCUCAUUGCCACGGGCAUGGCCAAGUACAAUUGCGAUCAGGAUUACAUUAACGAUCAAAUCAUGGGAGUCUCCUUUGACCCCUCUCGAACACCCGACAAUUACAGCAAAUUCCCCGUAUUGCAAUUACCCAACCCAAAACGACAUUCCUACGGGUUCUUUCCCAAGCACGCAUCCGACACGGACUUUGAAUCCGCCUCGGAUUUGUCGGCACUAGGACUCUUUUACCACACGGCCUUGCCCAAAAUUACAUGGCACGACUAUCAGCGUCUGUGUGCUUCCGAAAGCAACGACAAUACCACCAUGACUCCCAAACACUUGUAUUGCAUUGUGGGAAAAUACAUCGUUCUGGUGCACAACCCAGGAAAGCCACAUCCGGGCUUUCAAUGGUUCAAGGCAAACGCCAUGGGGCAAAAGGAUGUCACCUUUUAUCUCCACAAGACACAUGUCGAUCCCGAUAUACCCUUUUGUGAAACAGAACACGACAUUAAUCCCGUCAUUCAUUGUCCUUGGGCCGAAAAUUUAAUGUCCUUGGCCAUGGGACAAGGGCUCAAUGCUUAUCGAGUAUUUGAAUUACAGAGCGACAGUAGUCAAGAGGACACGGAAGACGUUCGAAUCGAGAGUGAACACAAUGUCGAACUAUUAAAAGCAUUCCUACAACCAUCAUCAUCCGAUCAUCAUCAGAACAACAACAACAAACCACAACGGAGCAAUCCCAUCAAACGAAUCACAUCACGCAUCAAGAAGGAACUCCGUAUUGGACGGCGAAGCAGUGCGGCCACGUAGGUCCUCCUGCAGUAUGUACUAUUUUUUUUGUAAACUAGCUAUAACUGCAAUUCAGGUUCAUAAAACAACACUACGCUACGGUACCAACGGAUCCAGAGUCAGGGUACCGACACUGUUUAUUAGCUACCGAGCUGGCCCACCGGCACAUCCAUGCCAUAACAGAAUGGACCAAAACCGCGGGCAACAUAUAUAUUGUUCCCCGGGACCAACUAGCAACACAGAUGACAAUGAUACCUCUGCCAGGAACAGAAAACGAGAUUAGCUAUUAUGCAUAAUAAUUAUAUAAUAUGCUUUGCUAGACAACACAGAAU